GGGUCCCGCUUUGCGAGAACAAUUGCGUCUAAUUGGCUUCAUUAGCUACGUGUUAGUGUAUGUUAUCAUUUAAACUACCAAAUCAUUUCGCUUCCUCGGUUUUGAGUUGACGCUUUUGUUGGACUAGUGAAGAGGUUUGUUGCAGCCAGGAACAACAAUGGCGAGCCGCGUCUCUUUUCACUCACAGCUCUCCUCCAUCAUGGAGGCGAUGGCAAGGUCUGCCCUGAGUCAAGUCUGCGAACUGGUGGACGAAGACUCGGCUGAGCUCCGGCUCGAGUUGUCUCGGCUACUGUUUGCUAAUUCCGCCCUGGCAGAGAAAGUAAACAGUCUGGAGUGCGAGCUAACGAUUGUGAGAAGCGACGCCCCCAAGUUGUGUAAAACUUAUCGCACCGUGGGUGUACAAACUGUCUGCUACAGAGACGAGGAUCCUUAUGUGCCUGGGCCCCCCACAAUAGAAGGGAUCUUUGGAAAAGACUGGUGUAUGAAACUGUGGAAAGACAGAGACCCGUAUAGUCUGGAAAGAAUCACAGACUCACCACAGUCCUCUGAUAAGUCUAUGGCAGCGCUGUCUGACCAGAUUACUGUGACUGACAUCAAAGAGGAGGAUUAUGUGGAGGAAGCCACCAGCAGCUGUCAGCAAGAAACCAUUGCUUCAGAAGAACAUGAAGAAAACAUGGCCAAGGAACGAGAGCAGCUGUCAGUUGGCUACUCAGCUGGUGGCAGCACUUGCAGCCUGUCAUUUGAUCAGGAUGAAGAACAGAUUGUGUCUGCAGGUGGUAUUGAAGAACAGUCUAUGCAGCUGAUAUCCAUCAGUGGCACAGAGGAGGCCUUCAGCACUCAUAUCAUUCCAAUUGAAGAUGACAUUGAUGAUGAUGAUGUGCAGUUCAUUCAAGAAAGUCAGCAGGAUUCAACAAUGAACACUGGAGGUGGGUCCAGCCCAAACAAGCAGCUAGCAUUACUGACAGACAACACUGAAAACAGCACUGCUUUGGAUAAAGAGCCACAUGAUAACGUUAAGAUGCCUAAUGCCGAAACUACCAGGGAUCCAAAGAAAGACAAAUUCACAUGCCAAAUAUGUAGCAGGACAUUUUUUCAUAAGGGCACUCUAACACACCACAUGAAGUCACACAAGUCAAACUUCUGUAACAUUUGUAACCAGCAUUUCCCUCACAGUACAUUAAAUUCACAUACCUGUGUGCCUCCAGUUCCCUCCCAGAGAGUCAGUAAGUCAUGUGAGCUGUGCGGGAAGACCUUUGCAAACCCGUCUGCUCUCAGGAUCCACUAUGUUGUCCAUACAGGAGAGAAACCUUACAGGUGUAGCUUGUGUGCGAAAAGGUUCACCCAGAAAGGCAAUCUGAAGUGCCACCUGCGCAUCCAUACUGGAGAGAGGCCAUUCCACUGUGUUAAAUGUGGGAAGACCUUUACACAGAAGGUCAACCUCAACCACCAUUUAAUGGCACACAGGAACCGCGAGGUUGUGGGAGAAAAGCGUAUACCCAGGAGAUAUCUUAAGAGCUUAAUGGCUGGAACCUAUCAGUGACUGAUUGUGGAUGCAAGCUCAUUAGAUCUGUUAACUGCAUCUAAAUGUACUGCAUCACAUACUACUUCUCACAUUAGUUUAAGGAUUCUUUCAGUUAUAUUUGUAAUGACUUGUGGUCUGUAGCAUAACAUUUAAAAACCAGGAAUGUGGGGCAAAAUGUUCUUGUCCAGUGUUUUUAUUUAAGCACUUAGCAGUUCAGUGUCUCGGUUGUUCCUGUCAACAAUAAAACAUAAACGUUCA